GUUAUAAGCAGUUGGCUGAGAUGCAGGUUGAGUAUUUCCCACCCAAGGAAGAUAUAGUUCUGCAGGAUGAAGUACCAACAGAUCUUUAUAUACUCGUUUCAGGAGCAGUGGUUAGUUGCUGCUACUAUUCUUCAGUUUCGGGUUUAUUAAUCCAGGUUCAAGGAAGAGCCUAUGCUGGGGACAUUGUUGGCGAAGUAGGUGUUCUAUAUAACAUUCCCGAACCAUUCACCAUCAGGACCAUCGAGCUAUCACAAAUUCUGAGGCUAAGUAAGAAUAUACUUGUUAAUAUUAUUCGAGAAAGCAUAAUGGAUGGAGCCAUCAUCAUGAACAACCUUCUCCAGAAGCUGGAGACUAAUGGAAAUUUACUAGUGGAACACAAAGGUCUGGCACCAUUCCCAAACAAUCAAUUUUUCUCUUUACUAUACCAGGAAGGCUAUCAAGAUCCAAGAAAAACAUGGAUGGCACCUGAAUGUACUGAUUCUAAUUUGGCUAUGGCCGCACAAUUUGAAAUGAAGAAUACAUGCUUCAAGGUAAACAUGGGUGAAGUGCAAAAUUUUGGUUGUGAAAGAGCUUUCUUCGAGAAACAGGGACAGAUCAAUCAUGAAUACUCAAUGAAAAGCGAAGAAAACCUGCUAAAUAAAUCCAACAAUAACAGUGAAUGUCAGAUCCAAAGAAUCAUGGAACAGGAAUCCCAUUUUAGACACUUAAAUCCUGAAAUAACAGUACCAAACUGGUCAGAAGGUGCAGUGCAUCCAAUGCUCAGCAAUGCAGUUAGAUUGGCAAUACCUAGAGUCACCAUUCAUAUGGUUUCUAAAGUAACACAUGGAUCAAGAGAAAAUUUUGGGAAGUUGAUACUUCUACCCAAGUCCAUAAACGAGCUGCUUAUAAUUGGUGGCCAGAAGUUCAAGGGGUUUAAACCUACAAAGGUGGUGAAUAAACAGAAUGCAGAAAUUGAUGACGUCAAUGCAGUGCGAGAUGGUGAUCAUGUGUAUCUCAUUCAAGAACAAUAACAGAUAAGCCUACAUAACGUGGUGAAAAAAUCAAUGUACAGAAGACGCUAAAGAAACUAUCCAGUUAUGUAUGUCUUAUGUAAGAACUAGUAAAAUAAAGCAUUCCUUGC